AUGAAAGAACGACCCGAUGCCCCACCUACAGUUGCGUUGCUGAGCCGCCACCCCUGCCAGAAGGCGCCUGGCCAUUAUGAACUGAAAGAAGCUUGCAAGUCGUUUGAAAAGGUGCUGGUCCAGAACAUUCAAUUUGGCCUGUCACCGUCCAUGACUGAGGCCAUCCGAUCCAUUCCAAGAUGGCGCCUCAUUCAGGCGUCUUUUCCUUACGUCGCACACGCGGCGGCAUCUCUCCUACACAACAGGAAAGAUACAAACUUGCAAAACGUCGGUGCUUCAGAAACGAAACUUCUUUACACCCUUCACUGGAUAAUUUUGGACGCAGCGGAAGAAUGUGCCGAAGCGGAUUUUGAAAAAGGAAUUUUUCAUUCGUCGCCAUUUUACUACCUAUUUUCAAUACCUUCAGUCACGCUUUUCGUGUAUCUUUUUGCUCCAAUAUGCCACCAUCUGAAAGAGUCAGACUUUCAAAAUCUUCGGUUGGAGAAAGGCCUCAAGAUGUGGCAGGCUCUUUGGGAUUACCAGCAUCCGCAUGCAGCUUGCUUCACAGCCCAUGUGAAGCCGAAGCCUCGAUCACUCUGGGCUAAGGGCCACAAAUCGCGUCUGAGACAGUUCGGAGAUAUCUUCGUUGGUAGAAAAGCAUCUAGUACAGAGGAGCACUUUAUUGCCACAGGAGCUGAGAGCCCUCCGAGUCAGACCGCCAGUGCUUCCUUCUCAGAUGGAACUGGGGCGGUGAGAAGCGAAGGAAAACCUGCUACGUCUGCAGAUGAUGAGGUUUUAAAAAGUAGUUAUACUAUUGGGUGCCGGAUGGGAGAUUCAGAUGGGUAUAGCCUUUCGCGAUAA